AAAUAAGAUCAUUCUUAAGUUUGAAGUUUGACUGCAACAAUGAACAACAGCUUCAUUAUACACAAUCGUAAGAGAAUGGACUUUAACUUUGCAUUCAUAUCACUGAUUCUACUGACGAACAUUAAAGACAUUCUAACAUUGGAGCCCAUACGUGUAAUCUGUGAACACAAGAACAUUUGUGCAUUGAGUGAUACCGAUGUGACACUGAGGUGCUCUUACUCAAACAUCAGCAUCAAAACUGGGUUCUGGUUCAGCCACAAACAGAGUCAAAACUGGAGAGAAAGUGAUGAACCUGAAGAUAUAGCUUUGGAUUUCGACUACUCAGGACGAGUGAAGCAGCAGAUCACUAUACGUCAGUCAGAUCUCACAAUAAGAGACGUGAGAGAGAGAGACUCUGGAGAAUAUCAGCUCAUGUUCAUUAUGAAGGAUGGAGUUAAACACAUCAGCUCAGUCACAGUCCAUCUAACAGUCACAGGUGUGUCUAAUAGCGGCUGUUGGGAUGUGACUUACACGUCUAGAAGAGUUUGUGCUUUAGUGGGAUCAACAGUAGAAAUUCACUCUUCAUACUCCCAUCCCACUGGAUAUACAGUAGUGAACACAUACUGGCAUUUGCCAAACCUCAGAUUAAGAGAUCUGCGUGAUGAGCAGCAGUUUGCUGGUCGUGUGGACUAUGUGAGGAACGCACUGAGAAUCAAAGACGUCAACAUGAGCGACUCUGGAGAAUAUCAAUUCAGAAUCAUCACUAACACUUCAGACGGCACAUUGUCUGGUUCACCUGGAGUCAUUCUUACUGUUACAGACACACAGGUGAUAAGCAGCCCAACCGUUGUGUCAAAGGGACAGAAAGUGAUAUUAAGCUGUUCAACCAAAUGCACUCUGGAUAACAACAUUACAUUCUUGUGGUUCAAGAACGGGAAGCCGGUAAAGGAUGGUUUCAAGCUAUUCAACAAGCUGUACCUGAACUCAGUCAACAAUGACGAGCUGAAAGAAUAUUCCUGUACCGUCACAGGACCAGUGGAAAGUCAAGUGUCUGUUCAUUCUGACUUUCUGAUCUUUCUGAUUGUGUUUGUGGUUCAAGCACUCAUUAUAGGCGCUGUCUGGGUGUGGUUUUUUAUUGAAAAACUUCUUGUCUAAAAACCAUAUUGAUGACAAAAACGAAGAGAUGUGGAUGUCUCAUAUGUCUGCAUACAUCUGCUUACUCUCCAAGAACUGGUGGCAUGAACACAAUAAUACAGUAAUAUCACAUACACUGGGAUAAUAUUUGCUCAGUUUGCAUAACUCCUUCAUUGGGUUUUUAUAUUUAAAGUAAUCUACUGCACAUUUAAUAUAAAAAACUAGAAUCUUUAAUACAGCAUAGCACUAGUCUUUUAGCAACAUUUUGCUUUUGUUUUGCCAGAUGUAUUUCUUUCAUUUUCUAAAAAAAUAAAGUCUUGUGUAUAGACUCCUUUAUUUGUUAAGUGAGCAAUUGCUGCAUAUGUGCAUGUACUGGAAAUGGAAGAUGAAUAUUUCGUGUUUUAAA